AUGGUGUGGCUCCUAGAUCAAGAGUAUGACAGCGAUCGCCGGGCUUUUCAUAUGACGGAGAGGAGAACGGAUCUUCACCCUUUGAAGAUUCGUUACCAUGGCACAGUGGAUAUGGCGUAUGACGAGAGGUACACGGAGUUCAUCCAGCCCACCGGUCUUCUCCCGUUCAUCACGCUUGACCUUAUUGGCAUGGCUCCUCCGGCGCCAGAAGAUAAAAAGGAUAGAGCUCCCGCCGGCGCACCUUUCGCUUGGAUAAGGACUAACUUUGGACAACCUCCGCAGGAAGACGCCAACGAGGACACUAUCAGGACGUACACCCGAGUGUACUUGUGGUACAUGAUCUCGAGGACUCUCUUUGCUGAUAGUGGUGGGAAGUUGGCCCAUUGGUGUUGGCUCAAGGCGCUUACGGUGUUGGAGCGCCGGUGGAGUUGGGGAACAGCGGCACUUGCCUACCUCUACCGACAGUUGGACGACGCUUGUCGCAGGACUGGGAGCGGCGGUAUUGGUGGAUGCUUGCUCCUACUUUCCGUAUGGAGCUGGGACCGCAUAUCAGUUGGGCGGCCCAGGGUACUCACAGAGAGACGAUGGCCUCAUUACUGGAACAACCUUGAUCGGGAGCCGACUUGGGCAUUUCUUUGGGACAAUGUCUCGGAGAUGACGAGCGAUCCAAAGAUCAUGUACAUGCAGUACACUGAGGAGUUGGACACUCUUACCGCUGAGCAUGAGUGCCCACCUCAGUGGCAAGACACGGACCAGACGCUUCAUAGCAACUAUCUCCAAUGGUUUCAUGAAAGCACGCGUAUCGAGUUAGUGAAACCCGCGUAUGAAGACGACAUCUUGUACGACCCCAUCGAGUUCGAUGAGGUUAUUCCUGACGAUGACACCAUCCUGAGUCAAGGCAUUGCGAGUAAACGCAAGAAGCAAGCCACACGGUCUGCGUACCAGUUGAAGCCAAGGGGCAAGGCUCCAGCCCGAUACACUCCAGAUGACUAUGUCAACCGAGAAAAGAAGGUUGUGAUUGAGGAGGAUGAGACGCUGCCGCGGAGAUCAACUUUGAGGAAGAUGAGGAACGAUGAGCCCGGGCCGGCUAAUAGCGCCACCACCACCACCGAUCCCUGCCGACGCAGCUCAGCCAUCUCCAGUGAGCGUCGUCCAUGCCUGAGGCGGCCCGUCCAGACCAAGAUGGGGCUCAAAGGGCCCGGACCUGGGACGUUAGGGCGGUGUCGGCCGCUCUCACAUGACCAACCGUCCGAUUCCAAGCCACCACAAUGCCCCACCGUCAAUGAAUUGUGCCGCCGCCUCGAGGACCAUCCGGCCGCGCCAGACCUGCAGUUACAUUUCAAUUCAAAAUUUGAUAGGUAG